AAAUUUUCAUAAACAAAAAACAAAAACUCAUCAAAACAUAACAAAAAACAAAAAUGCAAAAUCAACAACAGAACGAAGAAACUUCUUCAACAAUGGACUCAUUUUUGUGUCCAAGUUUCAGUACUUAUUCUUCAAAUAACAUAAACGACGUCGUUCAAAAAGUCACUAAUGAAAACGACACUUCAAACACUCAAAACGACAACGACGAUUUCGAAUUCGUCGCUUUUCACAAUCACCGCCGCAACGACGUUUUCCCGAUCUUCAACCACGACGGCAACGAGAGAAGAAACUCUGACGCGGCGGAGAUUUCUAAUUCAUUGAAGAAAUUACUGAUCGGAGAUGAGAAACAACGAAAUCAUGACGGCGGCGGAAGAAGAAGAAACUCUGAUGUGGCGGAGAUUUCGAAUUCGUUGAAGAAACUGUUUAUCGGAAAUGAGAAAGAGGAACGGAACCGUGUACCUUCGUCAGAGUUGGAAGACGAUCUGGAUUCGAUUCCAGCGGAGACGUAUUGUUUGUGGACACCGAAUUCAUCUCCGAUGAAUUCUCCGAAAUCGCCGAUUACUUCUCCGGUGGCCUCACCAAUGAAUUCUCUCUGCAAGUGCAAGAAAAGCAAUUCAACUGGUUCAUCUUCGAGUUCUUCAUCAUCUUCUCGAUGGAAGUUUCUGAGCUUACUCCGGCGAAGCAAAAGCGACGGAAAAGAGUCUUUGAAUUUAUUAACUCCGGUGAAAAAGGAGAAUUUAAAGAAGCUGAAUAGUGGUGAAAAAAACGUUGCCGGAAAAAAGAUUCCGGUAACGGAGAAGAAAACUCCGGCGACAGUGUCGGCGAUGGAAGUGUUUUAUAGAAGAAAGAAAGAGUCGAGGGUAAAAUCGUAUUUACCAUAUAAGAAAGAGUUAAUUGGGUUUAGUGUUGGUUUUAAUGCUAAUAUUGGAAGAGGUUUUCCUCUUCAUGUUUGAUUAAUUAUUAAAUCUGAUUUGUAACUAUUCCUAGAUUAGGACUAUAGGUUAAUUUUGAGGUUUUAAUUUGUAAUAUAAUUUAAGUUUUGGAGUAGGAAAAAGUUUGAAUAGUUUUAUUUUUGGAUUUUGAUAUUAGAUUUUUAGUAAAUUCUAUGAUGUUUAAGUGAGACAAAUUUUGUAUUAUGUUGUUUCUACCAUUGAAUCUAAUAUAAUAUGAUGAGUCUUAUCGAA